UCGCGGGGGGCACCAUUAAAGCUCGACAGAGGGUAUCGUGAAGCUCUACGCGCAUUUCGUUGCGCAUUUCGUUGCGCAUUUCGUUGCGUUCGUUCCGCGCAGUCUGACGGCAUCAUGAAGAUAUCGUCGCUGAGCGUACUCUUCAUUCUAGUGUACAUCGUGGGGAUUGCUCUAAACAUCUUGGCAGUGCCUGAGAUAUGCGUAUACCACAACAGACAAUUGACUAUUGGCCAAAAAUAUACCGAUUGCUACGUUAACGUGACGUGCCACGCAAAAGCAGUAAUCGAAGUAACGAACUCAUGCAGAAACUACUUCUGCCAGCGACCGAGUAUGUGGCGCGGCUACAAACGUUUCGACAGCUCGAAGCCCUAUCCGGACUGCUGUGGAGGAUCGAUUUGCGCGGACGGUCGUAUAAGCUACUACAGCACCCCAGAAAGAAUCUACAGACCGAAAAGAUCCAUCAAACGGUCGCCUCACGUGAUGGGAAUAAAAUUUGCCUGAGCGUCGGCCGCGUCGCCGUGGCCGUAAACGAAAAUUUUGCAGCAGCGCGCCCCGCUGACGCAUAAUUUUUCAACGUCGACACUUAGCACUGACUCGGAAGAUCCUCGGAAAGCAAUCACGCGAAGCAAAAUGAAGAAUUCACCGCCGGAUCGUUGAUCGAAUUCACUCGUGGGCUUGGAUUUGAGGAUCGUCUCGUAUCUUCCAAGGGCAUCCCCCGCGAGAGUUGCUAAUCAUCCGGCGGUCAAUACUUCUCAAAACCACCCCCGGCUCAGGGCAGUCCUGACAGACUAUCUCUUCACGAUCGUACUUGGUCUGUUCCUUUUUAACUUAACUAGAUUGCCUUUGAAGUAAAACGAAUAUAUAACAGCGUUGAAAGGACACGUUGAAAGAACAAAGUUUCAGUUCGGCAGCACUAGUUCGACUAAGAAGAACAGACCUCCUCCUUUCGAAUCACACGAAGCAGUUGUCUUUGCUUGAUCGAAACGAGAGUUCAUUAUUUUUAAUUUUCUCUUGACGCAACGGGAAAGAAAUAAAAAGAAAGAAUUCCGUAUUCUUACACACGGAGAAAAUAUUAUAAUUACGAGUAAAAAUUACGUUAGAAUUAUAUCCAAUAUUUUUGUAUAAUCGAAAUAAUCGGCAAAUUUUACAACUGGACACUGUAUUGAAAUUGUGAUAAAAAUAUAUAGUAAUUUCAGUCAUAAAAUUCUGCAUGGCUCACAUACGCAUAAGAUAACAAAGAUGCAAUUUUGUUGCAAUUUUUACUACACUAUUUUCGCCGUGUACGCGGUGUACAAACGUGAAAUAAAAGGCCGGUAAUAUCAAGAAUGCUCCGUUCAGUUGCAUCUUGCACGAAUGAUCAUCGUUAUUCCUCUCUUUUCCUCUUUGUUUUUUCUCUUGAGAGAAAGAGUAAAUUCGAGAACGGAGAGUAUGCGGAUACACGUAGAUACGCGGAAAGAUGCAACUGCGAGGAUAUUUUUACACAACGAAUCGGGAAUCAAUGCGAGAUUUACGUCAUACAGUGAUACAGUCGUCAGGUAUUUGCUUGCGUCAAACUUUCGUUUCGACAGAAGUCGCGGCACGAGUUUCUUGCGUAUAUAUACAUAUAAGUUAAAUAAUAAUAAUAUUCGCCAUAUCACCACAUAUGUGUGACAUAUAUACAACAUAUAUAUUCUAUAUGACAUUAUGCAUUAUUCCCACUCUUGUAAUCAUUCGACAUGUAUCUCUCUCUGUAUGUAAUAACAAAUAAAAUACGUAUGCAAAGCAAAA